ACCCAUGUCAUUCAAGGGUCAACCAUAUAUGUUUCUCUGGGGAGGAAAGAUUUAUAAAUAAACACCAUGCACUUGUGAUGAGUACACUGCGUAGAUGGUAAGUGUGAAAGGAUGGGAAGUUGGAAAGACAUAGUUAAGACACAAAGAAGGCAAGGAUCAUAUGUGCUCCUGCUCUCUUGCCCAGAAGAAAAGAAUGAAAACACAAAUGGGAAAGGUAAGUUGAGGUCAGAUUGGGGAGGGCCUUGAAUGACAAGACAAAGAACUUGGAUGAAAUCCAGUGGUCAGUGGGGAGCCAAUGAAUAUUUUUAAGAAGAGUAGUAUAAUCAAAACAGUUAUUUAGGACAAGGAACCUGGGAAGGGGAUGGGUUGGAAGAGGGGAGCUCUAGGGUGGUUGGAGGUAACAAAAGAAAAUAAAUGUGAUGACUUAGCAGGAAAACAUUUUAGUGGAAACAGCAGUUAGGGCCAACUGAGUGACUUGAGGUAAUGAGAAGUUUGAAACCAGCCUCCUUACCUUUAUUACCUGCCUGUCACUCCAGAGCCCCAUUGUCCAGAACAAUGAAGAUGGGAUUGGACUGCCUCCAAAGAUGGACUGGGUGAACUCCAAUGAUCCAGUGAAGUCUGAUGGGAUGAUGGAGGCUGCAUGUGACUAGAGGGGCUGCCACAGUAUGUGUGUCUCUGCCCAUCUAGUCAUACAUAGCGCCUCAGAUGCCCCCUCAGCACACAUUCCCAGUGGACCCACGGUGCAUAUGGUUUCAAACUAACCAGAAGUUGUCCAAGGUUACAUAAUGAGGCAGUCUGACGAGAGCCCGCGCUUAGAACCCCUCCGCGUUUAGAACCUCCCCGCUGUUCUUGUGGAGAAGCAGUAUUAACACCUAGGCGGUGUUCAUCAGAAGUAGCAAAAUGAUGUGGCUGGAAGGGCUGCUGAGUCAGUGACAUUGCAGAUGGAUGGCCACAGCCCAUGACUUCAAGAGAACGGGCGUGCUAACUAUUUGCUGUCUAAAACUAAUAGCAUGAUGAUCUGUGUUUCUUUCUCUUCAUGUGCCUUUCUCUUGGCAGCUUUUGACUUGGAAUUUUUGGCUCCAAAAGAAAAGAGGAAAGAAGCAGCAGUUCUAGGCCAGACUCAGAAGACCGCUUUGCUAAAGGAAAUGGCUAACAAAAGCAGAGGAGGGGACAGCCAGGACAGGCUUAAAGCAGGCCAAAAAACUAAACACGAGGGAGCCAACCAUGAUCAGAAGAUUGCCAAGCAUGCAAGGACUCCAAGCGAGAUAAAGACAGACAUUGGGAGGACAAGCAACUUUUCUGAGGUCACACAGCUAUUGAGUGAUGGUAGCUGGGAUUCAAACCCAGGUAUUUACUGCUAUGAACUUGCCUCGUGGAAUUGCUUUUGCUGCACCCCAAAAGUUUUGGUAUGUUGUGUUUCCGCCUUCAUUUGUUUUAGCCCCUUUAGGCAAGGCCAGGCAGCUCCCAGUCCUCAUAAUACAAUAGAACCUCCACAACACGAGACUAGAGCCAUGGGUGUGGAGAUGGGCACCACGGGUCCUCCCAACCUGCCCAGUCUUUCCGGGAGUGGAACCUGUGAGGAAGGAGGGAGCUGUCCUUUCUCAGAAGCUGCCUUACCCUACAACACAGAGGUAGGGAUGAAGGGAGCAGACCCUGGCUUCAAUGACACAGACUCCUACUUUUCUUAG